AUGAUUGUAUCAACAGGUGUUCCCAUGCAUACACUAUCCGAACAUGAACCGGAGUACGAUGUCGAAGAAUGUUCAAAUGGAAGCAAGUAUUUUAUCCCCAAGGUUGAUGACGAGCUUAAACCAAAGAUCAACGAUAGGUUCGUAUCUAUAAAUGACGUGGAAAAGAUGUACAGGACUUACGCGGACAAUGCUGGUUUUGAUGUUCGUCUUCAUGCCAAAAAAACAAACAAGAACGGAGAAAUACAAACAAGAUGGUUUGUAUGUAAUAGAGAGGGAACACCGAAUAAAAGGUUUUUUUAUUCCAUGGCCAUUCAGUCUGGCGAGAGAAGAUAUCGUAAUACAAACAUUAAACGGUGUGGAUGUAAUGCAUGCAUAAAAACCCAUUUGACAAAGGAUAGGUCCGGUUGUAAGAUAUACGAGUUUGUUGAGGCACAUAAUCAUGCGUUAUUCAAUACCAACGAUCGACGUUUCUCAAGGAAAAAUAGACAAAUGAAGUAUACUGACUUCAAAAAUGUUCUGAAUAGCUCGAGUUACAAAGUCGGUGCGAUUAGGGCUCAGCGUAUACAAACGAUAUUGAAUGGUGGAUUUGAGCACAAUCGAUGUUCUGAGAUCGACUUUAAGAAUUUUAAGAGAGAUGCAGUUGCCUGUGUUGGGAAAAAGGACGUGAAGUUGUUGAUCAAUAAACUAUCCAAUAGGCGAGAUAUUGUCCCCGAUUAUUUUUUCGAGUACAAGUGCAAUGAUCACGAGUUGGGUGCCAUUUUCUGGGCAGAUGAGGUUGCUAGAAUUAACUACAAAGAGUUUGGUGAUGUAAUUUCGUUCGACGGGAUGUUUCGAACCAACAAGUAA